AUGCUUAGAGGAUUAAAUAAAAACCUUGUCAAAAACCUGACAAAUCAAAGAAGAUAUGCAUCUGUUCGUUCUUCAUUACCAACUGUGAUUGGUAUUGAUCUUGGUACAACCAAUUCAGCAGUUGCUGUUAUGGAAGGUAAAGAGGCAAGAAUCUUAGAGAAUGAUGAAGGCCAAAGAACCACUCCUUCAAUUGUUGCAUUUGAUAAACAUGGAGAUAUGUUGGUUGGUAAUGCCGCUAAGAGACAAGCUGUCUUGAAUACUGAAAAUACCUUUUAUGCAACCAAGAGAUUAAUUGGUAGAAGAUUUGAUGAUGAUGAAACAAAAUUUGAUUUAAACCAUUUCCCAUAUAAGAUCGUUGAAAAUGAUAAUGGUGAUGCCUGGGUUGAAAGCUUUGGUAAAAAAUAUUCUCCAUCACAGAUUGGUGGAUUUAUAUUGAAGAAGAUGAAAGAAACUGCGGAAUCACAAUUGGCACAAAAUGUGAAAAAUGCUGUUGUUACAGUUCCUGCCUAUUUCAAUGAUUCUCAAAGACAAGCCACUAAAGAUGCUGGACAGAUUGCAGGAUUGAACGUGUUGAGAGUUGUCAAUGAACCAACAGCUGCUGCACUAGCUUAUGGAUUAGAUAAGACUAAUGAUGGUCUAGUGGCAGUUUAUGAUCUCGGUGGGGGUACUUUUGAUAUUUCAAUUUUGGAUAUUGAGGAUGGUGUUUUUGAAGUUAGAGCAACUAAUGGUGAUACUCAUUUAGGUGGUGAGGAUUUUGACAUUUUGUUGGUUCAAUUUAUCUUGUCAGAUUUUAAACACAAAACUGGUAUUGAUUUAUCUAGUGAACCUGAUAAAGUUCAAAGAAUAAGGGAAGCUGCUGAAAGAGCCAAAAUUGAUUUAUCCCAUGUCAAAGAAACUACUAUCGAUUUACCAUUUAUAAAAGAUACCCAUCAUAUUUCUAUAAGCUUGACAGAAGAUGAAUUGGAUCAAAUGAGUUUCCAUCUAAUUUCUAAAACUAUUGAUCCUGUUAAAAAAGCAUUGAAAGAUGCAGAUUUGUCGAAGAAGGAGAUUGAUGAAAUCAUUCUUGUUGGUGGUAUGACUAGAAUGCCAAAAAUUAGAAAAACAGUUGAGGAAAUCUUUGGUAAAAAGCCAAGUACAGCAGUCAAUCCAGAUGAAGCGGUUGCUCUUGGUGCUGCCAUCCAAGGUGGUGUUUUAAGUGGUGCAAUUAAAGAUGUUUUGUUAUUGGAUGUUACACCUUUGACAUUAGGUAUAGAGACCUAUGGGGGUGUUUACUCACCAUUGAUUCCAAGAAACACUACAGUUCCUGUGAAAAAGACUGAAAUCUACUCUACAGGUGUUGAUAAUCAAACAGGUGUUGAGAUUAGAGUUUUCCAAGGUGAAAGAGGGUUAGUCCAGGAUAAUAAGUUGAUUGGUAAUUUUAAAUUGAGUGGGAUUCCACCAUUGCCUAAAGGUGUGCCACAAGUUGAGGUUUCAUUUGAUAUUGAUGCUGAUGGUAUAAUCAAUGUUUCUGCACGCGAAAAAACAUCUGGUAAAGAAACAAGUAUAACGGUCAUUGGGAACUCUGGUUUGACAGAAGAAGAAAUUCAAAAAAUGAUUCAAGAAGGUGAACAAAAUAAGGAUACAGAUAAAGCUAAAAGACAAAAAGUUGAAGCAGCCACUAAUGCAGAGCUUGUUGUGAAUGAUACUGAAAUGGCAAUGGGUUUAGCUUUUGGUGAUGUUUUGAAAGCUGACCCUGACUAUCCGGAAUUGGAGAACAAAAUCAAAGAUGCUAAGAAUGCUAUUCAAUCAGCAAGAAAUGGGGGUGAUGUAGAAGUUGCAGAUAUUAAAAAUAUAUCAAAAGAACUACAGGAGCUUUCGAUAAAGAUUUUCCAAAGAGUUGCAAGAAAACAAAAUGAAGCCAAGCAACAAUGA